AUGUCUCCGCCCUCAGAGCUCAUCUUCUUGCUGCGCAUGCAGAUACAGAUCCUGCUGCUGCUGCUGCUGCUGCUGCUCCUGCAGCAGCAGCAGCAGCAACUGGAGCCGCAGAGAAAGCAGCAGUACCAGCAGCUCCAUCAGCAGCUACACAAACAAACAAUGAACCAUCAAACGCAACGUCAGCAGCAGCAGCAGCAGCAGCAGCAGCAACUCCUUCUGCUGCAGCAGCAGCAGCAGCAACACCUCCAGCAGCAGCAGCAGCAGCAGCAGCAGCAGCAGCAGAAGGGGAAAAAGAAGCAGCAGAAAGCAGCAGUACCAGCAGCUCCAUCAGCAGCUACACAAACAAACAAUGAACCAUCAAACGCAACGUCAGGAGCAGCAGCAGCAGCAGCAGCAGCAACUCCUUCUGCUGCAGCAACAGCAGCAGCAACACCUCCAGCAGCAGCAGCAGCAGCAGCAGCAGCAGAAGGGGAGAAAGAAGCAGCAGAGUGUCGCUGCAGCGGGCCUGAGGCGCAGCACAGCACAGCCUGCCCCAGCACAGCAGCAAGCACAGCAGAUGACGAAGCAGAUACAGCAGCAGCAGCUGCUGCUGCUGCUGCUCCUGCUGCUGCUGCUGCUGCUGCUGCUGCUGCAGUUACAGAGCCGCUGCUGUUUUCUUAUGAUGCUGCUGCUGGCACUGCAUGCGUUAUGUCUGGGUUCCCCGACGGAACAGACACUUGCUGCUUCUACAACGCACAGCACAGCCUGCCCCAGCACAGCAGCAAGCACAGCAGAUGA